AUGGAUCACAAAAAGAUAUUGAUGGAACUUUCGAAGCGGGAGGAUUUGAAAAACAAAGUAUGUGCUGAUUGCACGAACCCAAAUCCGCAGUGGGCUUCAUUAAGUUUUGGAACGUUCAUUUGCCUCCAAUGUGCGGGUUUACAUCGUGGAUUCGGUGUUCAUAUUAGCUUCGUGCGUUCGAUAUCGAUGGAUACGUGGCAGGACGAGCAAGUGAAACGGAUGCAGCUAGGAGGAAAUGCGCCAUUUCGCGACUUUUUGAGAUCCUACACCCCCAUAGAACAAGGAGGAUACAGUGACACACUUAGCCCUUACGAUACGUAUCAUUCUUGGGCUGCUACCCAGUAUAGAGAGAAACUCGAUGCCAUGCUAUCCGGGAAAGACUGGUCACCUAGUCCCCCUCCAGAAGGCACUGCCGCUAACACUCCAGAACGCCCUUCCUCCGCCCAAGGGCUCCGUAAAUCCCGCGCUACCUCUCGUGCUAUGGCCGGUAGCGCCCUUCGUUCCUCUUCAGGUGCCUCCUCCCCCGCCUCUAUCCGAGGUACUGGAAGCAACGCCGGUACCCCCGAUCUCUCUCGGUCAGGCACAUCCGACCUGAAGACGGAAAACGAGAAUUACUUUGCUUCUCUUGGCCAACUUAAUGCUAAUCGGCCGCUGGACCUGCAUCCAUCCCAAGGAGGGAGGUACACCGGGUUUGGGAGUACCCCCGCACCUUCAGCGGGAUCCUCCAAUGCUUCGUAUGGUCUAUCAAGUCGUGCAGCACCAUCUUUACAGGAGUUGCAACAAAAUCCAUUAGGGGCGUUGUCUAAGGGGUGGUCAUUGUUCUCCAGCGCUGUCGUCGGCGCGUCGAAGACAAUCAAUGAAACGGUCAUUCAGCCUGGUAUGGAACGCGUUACUGACCCGGAGUUUCAAGGGAACGUUAAAGGAAUCCUGGGAGAAGCGCAGAAACGUGCAGGACAGGCGGCUUCCGGUGCCAAUGACUGGGGUCGAAAGCAAUUUGGUGUGGAUGUUGGCGAAAGAGUUGGUACGCUGGUCGGUGGAGUUGGCGGAAAUCCUCGAAAUCAAGGUUAUGGACAUGUAGGCUCCGGAUACGGCGAGGAAGAGACAUCGGGGCUGUAUCAUGAUGACGAUGCGGAGUACUGGGGUAGACAUGAUGGAUGGGGUAGUGCCACGUCCGAUCCCAACUCGGCCAGUGUACUUGCGGGACCGCCUAGUGCCACGAGCGAUGCCCCAGCAAAGUCGCAGGCGAAGAAGAGCGAUUGGGAUGAUGAGUGGAAGGAUUUUUAA